UCUCUCCAUUCGAUUCGGAGAGGGAAUUCGUCUGCAGCCCCACGCCGGCGAAGGAGCGACACUCACUCAGAUUUUUAAACCAUUUAAACCACGAUUAUGUUUCGUUCAUCAAUCACACGUCUCCUCGGCACUGGGGCUGCAUUUUCCGCGGCAACUGUGGCAGGACUCAGUGCUAGGAGUCAAUCAACUUUACCGAAAGUGUAUUUUGACAUGGAGGCCAAUGGGAAGCCCGUGGGAAGGAUUGUGAUGCAGCUAAGGUCUGAUGUAGUGCCAAAAACUGCAGAGAACUUCCGUCAGCUUUGCACAGGAGAGCAAGGUUUUGGCUACAAAGGGUCCAUCUUCCAUCGGGUCAUCCCCAACUUCAUGUGUCAGGGUGGGGACUUCACUAAUUUCAAUGGAACUGGUGGAAAGUCAAUUUAUGGAUCAAAGUUCAGGGAUGAGAACUUCGAGCUGAAGCACACAGGACCAGGUAUACUGUCCAUGGCCAAUGCAGGACCCAACACCAAUGGUUCCCAGUUUUUUAUCACAACAGUAACUACUCCAUGGCUAGAUGGUGCUCAUGUGGUCUUUGGAGAAGUGGUUGAAGGCAUGGAUGUAGUUAAGGCCAUUGAGAAGCUAGGUUCUCGCUCUGGACGACCAUCGCAGAAAGUUGUUGUGGCAGAUUGUAAUGAGUUGAAGGGAGAAUGAAUGAUUUGAAUAGUUUGUACAAAAUGACAAAGCAAAUAUUUUCUUAAUGAAAUAUUGUAAAUGUUUUCUUCGGAAGGAAAAUGAAGAACAGUGGUUAUGUAUUAAAAUUUUAUGUACAAAAUGAAUCGGUAUAAAUUGUAAGUAAUCUUUUCAUAAUAUAAAAACUACAUAUUA